UGGCGUCAGUGCCGGCGGCGAUCAGUCCACUCGCAACCGGCGGCCCGACCGCGCGUCCUACUCACAACAAACAACACGAUACUACUAAAACAUUUAUUUACUAAAUAGUGCUCAGUGAAAAGGCUGUCGGACGUUCGAGCCCAAGUCUUGACGUGUCAAAAAGCGCGAGUGUUUUUGAAUUUGGAACGCUGGAACUGGAGCCGGCGCCGGCUGUCAAAAUUUGAAUUUGUCAAGGUCUGUUCAGGAAACAGACUCCGGCGCAACGCUUCAUUGAUACCGGACUUUCAGGGUGAACGCGAUGGCGGUGGCGACUGACGAGCGUCCGCUGGAGACCCCCUCGUCUGACGAGAGCGGGCUCGGGAGGAGCACCCCUGAUGAGUCCGAGCCAGAGGCAGCCCUGGUGGUGCCCCCGGACGGCGGGUGGGGCUGGGUGGUGGUGGCGGCCUCCUUCAUGUGCAACGUGCUGGUCGACGGCAUCAUCAUGACGGGAGGGCUGCUGCUGCCGGCCAUACAGAAGGAGUUUAAUGCGACUCAGGGGGAAGUGGCGUAUGUGAAUUCUCUGCUAGCCGGCUUCUAUCUUCUAGCGGGACCUUUUGUGUCAGCUUUAGCGAACAAAUACGGGUUCCGAGUGGUGACGAUAAUCGGUAGCAUAAUCGGCAGCGCGGCUUUCGCCAUUUCCUACUUCGCAACCAGCGUGGAGUACCUCUACCUCAGCUACGGCAUUCUUGGAGGCAUCGGUUUCUGCAUGAUCUACAUGCCAGCGGUGCUGACCGUGGGGUUCUACUUCGAGCGGUGGCGCGCUCUAGCGACCGGCGUGGCGCUGUGCGGCUCCGGAGUAGGCACCUUCGCCUUCGCGCCCUUCACCCAGUACCUGGUGGACGCUCUGGGAUGGAGGAUGACUAUACUGGCUCAUGCUGGAAUCAUGCUAUUCUGCAUAGUCUGCGGCUCCAUGUUCCGUCCCAUCAAGCCGACCCGCGUGACGAGCGCGGACCAGGCGGAAGAAGAGGACACGGCGCGGCGGCACGAGGAGGCCGUCGAGAAGCUCAACUCCAUGCUCAAACUACACAGCAAACUGGACUCAGGCAUCUCCAUGCCGUCAGAACGGUUCACCAACCGCGUCAGCCCACACACCUGGAUGGGAGUCCCUAACAACACUACAUAUCCCACCGCAGCAGAGAUCUUCAAAGGCAGCAACAGCGGUCUAAGCCGGCGGUCUUCUGCUAACGCGAAUGCGAUUAAGAAUGCUCUAGCCAAACCUACGUUCAUUACCGUGCCGGUAGCGGAGAAAGAUGAACAGGAAGACUCGAAUAACAGCAUUGAUAACACGGAGCCUUUGAUUAGUGCGACAACAACUGCUCGCAUUCAGAGACGAGAGUCGCGCCCGCGUCGGUCACACUUAGACUUAGUGGCAAGACCUCUGUACAGAGAUGAUAUCUUCUUCGGAGCCAGUUUGAACCGUCUACCUCAGUACACGUCACGAACGUCCCUCGGAUACCACAUGAUGGUGACCCACGUGCCUACCCAGGAAGACACGGAAGAAGAGAAGUCUUGCCGAAUGUGUCCGCAGGCCGUGAAGCGAGCGCUGGCAACCAUGUUAGACGUUAGCUUGUUCAAAUCGCCGACGUUCAUUAUUCUGGCUCUUAGCGGGUUCUUUACGAUGUUGGGCUUUUUCGUUCCGUUCCUAUACGUCAAAGCGCGAGCUGAAGAGAACAACAUCGAGACUGGUACGAGCAUGAUGCUGGUGUCUUGUAUCGGUAUCGCGAACAUCGUGGGUCGUAUCGCGUGCGGGCUGGUGUCGUCGGUGCCGAAGAUAUCUCCGCUGUGGUUGAACAACAUUGCUCUGACGGCCGGCGGUAUAGCCACGAUGCUGAGCGGGAAGUGCUUCCAUGUUGUCUUCCAGUUCGCGUACUGCUGUGUGUUCGGAUUGGCUAUCGCAUGCUUCGCGUCCCUACGAUCCAUCCUGGUGGUGGAAUACCUGGGUCUGGAGCAGCUCACCAACUGCUUCGGCCUCUUCCUCCUCUUCCAAGGCGCGGGGGCAUUGCUCGGCGCACCCGUCGCAGGCUACCUCAUGGACGUGACUGGCAGCUACGACAUUUCCUUCUACGUGUCGGGCGGCUUCCUCCUGUUCUCCGCUCUCAUGAACUACCCCGUCGACUACAUCAGCCGCUGGGAGAAGACUCGCAACAAGCUCAAUACAAAGACUACCCCUAAAGUGUGAACACGGCAAUAUGCAUUGAAGACAAACCAAUUCGGGAUAGCCUCCAGAAUAGGUCUAGGAGGCG